AUGGCUGCCAACGCACUCAAGAACGUUGUUGUGGUGGGAGGCUCGUAUGUUGGGAAGACCGCAGCCCAAGAACUAGCAAACCUCCUCCCGCCAACCCACCGAGUAAUCCUCAUCGAACCCCACACCCACUUCCACCACCUCUUCGCCUUCCCCCGCUUCGCCAUCCUCCCCUCACACGAACACAAAGCCUUCAUCCCUUACACCUCCCUCUUCUCCUCCUCCCCCUCUCCCUCUUCCCACUUGAUCCUCCCCGCCAAAGUCCUCUCCCUCUCCACCUCCCCCAACCUCCUCACCCUCGACCGCCCCGUUUCCUAUCCCUCCUCCCCCUCUUCAGAAAUGACAACAAAAAUCCCCUUCGACUACCUCCUCCUAGCAACCGGCACCCGCCUCUCCGGCCCCGGCACCUCCCCGCACGACACCAAGCCGCUCUCCAUUUCCUUCUUACAAUCCUUCCAACGCGCCAUCGCCUCUCCUGCCACUCAACACGUGGUGAUUGUGGGCGGCGGCGCCGUGGGGGUGCAAAUGGCUUGCGACCUCAAGGAACUAUACCCGUCUAAGCGCGUGACGCUCGUGCACUCGCGCGAGCAGUUGAUGCCUGUUUACCAUGAACGGUUGAGCGAGAUUAUCAAGGAGCGGUUUGGGGAGUUGGGGGUUGAGAUGGUGUUGGGACGGAGGGCGGUGGUGCCGGAGGGGCCGGAGGGGGGGUGGACUUUGCCCGGGCCGGGAGAGGAAGGAAACCAAAAAAUGGUGGUGAGGUUGGUGGAUGGGGAAGUGGUGGAGGGGGAUGUGGUGGUGCAAGCUACGGGGCAGAAGGCGAAUAAUGAGUUUUUGCAAGGGUUGGAUGAGGGCACUACUGAAGAGGAGAAGGGGAGGGUGAUUAAUCCGCGGAACAGGUUUGUGAGGGUGAAGAAGACGAUGCAGUUUGCUGAUGAACGGUUUUCGGAUUUCAUGUUUGCUGUGGGCGAUAUUGCGGACUCGGGGGCGCACAAGGCGGCGAGGCCGGGGAUGGGGCAGGCGGCAGUGGCGGCGAGGAAUGUGGUUAAGCUGAUAGAGGGAGGGAAGGCGGAGGACUUGGAGAGUGUGGAGGUACAGCCGGCGGCGAUACAUUUGACCCUGGGAUUGACCAAGAACAUCAUCUUCCGGAAUCCCAACCCGGCUGCUGGUCAGACGGAACCGACAUACACGUUGAAGGAUGAUGGCAGGGCGGAUAUGGGUGUUGAUCGGCUUUGGAUUAUGAACGGCAUCAAGGUUACCGGACCGCAGGAGUAUCAUCUGUGA